GUACCUUAUACCGCUGCUGACUUUAACGAUUUUCGCUGUAACCACAACGUUCUAAACGAAGACUAUCAACGCAGUGUAGAGGGUGUCAGAAACUGCCGCCUUGAGGCUCUUACGGACCUGAAUCAGGGCCGUCCAGAAGUGAGGAGCAAAUUGGUUGCUUUUCUCAAUAAGAUGAUCGAUUACGGUGUCGCUGGUUUUCGAUUUGAUGCCUCGAAACACAUGUGGCCAGCAGAUCUAGAAUUGAUUCUUGGAGCUACGAAAAACUUGAGGGCAGAUAUUUUCGGACCAAAUCAGCGACCAUUUAUCGUCCACGAAGUCACCGAUCAGGGAGACGAAGCCGUUUCAGUUGGGCAAUAUGUGACACUUGGCAGGUUCACUUACAAGCACAAAGGGAGAGGGUUGAAGCGGGACACCCGACCCCCUCCUGGCCACUACCGGUAUGGUAAAAAUAACCAUCUUUCAUUAAGGUAUUCGAAUUUCAACUUCGCUACUUCCGUUUCAAGAAUUGCUAAAGGCCAAGGCGAUUGGAGUUGGCUCGCCAAUAUGGGUAACGGCUAUGGUUACGGUAAUUUGGAAGACCAUGAUGUUGUGAAUUUUAUUGAUAAUCAUGAUGUCCAACGAGAUGUCACAUUUCACCGAGGGAUCACCUACAAGAACGGGGAUCAGUACCGUUUGGCAGUGUCGUUUAUGCUGGCAUGGCCGUACGGCUAUCCGAAAGUGAUGAGCGGUUACUACUUCGAUCAUCGAAAUCAAGGACCUCCAAGCUGGGGAUCCGCCUACGGAUAUGCGAUUAGAUCACCGACGUUAAAUCCUGAUAAUACAUGUGAUGCAAGAUCAGGAUGGAAAAAAGGAGUCGCGAUAGUAGGGAAACCGUAUACCAAGAGCGAUAGAGAAAGAGUAUGCGUUUACAAAAAGUCGUUCUUGAGCGUCCAUGGAAAAUACUGGAAGAUUGCAGCUGGUACUGAAGGAAUGCAGCAGCUGAUUCAUAUCAUUAGAGGGUCGUUCGACACGACGUUGCCUCCAGGAGAAUACUGCGAUCAGUAUGGUGGAAGCUUACACAGGGGACGAUGCACUGGACGUACCAUCUCCGUGAACCGUGAUGGUGGGAAACUCUUGCUAGUAUGA